AUGGAGGUGACGGCGCUCUGCAGCAGGCUGAAUGUGACCUUUCCUCGUAUUGUUGUAUCCAGACUGCAGUUAUUUGAAUAUGAGUCUCUCUCUGUGAGUUGUGAGGGCUUUUUUAAUGAUCUGGUUGAGUGGAGGGUGAUGAGGAAGAUCAAGGGGAUCUCUACAAUAUGUAACACCGACUGGGAAACUAAAGGGCCCUGCACCAUUACUACUGUCUUCUCAAUGGACAGCGGAGAAUACUGGUGUGAAGCUGCAGGGAAGAGAAGCAGAGCGGUCAACAUCACAGUCACACUCAUCGACUCUGUGAUCCUGGAGAGUCCUGCUCUUCCUGUGACCGAGGGGGAAUCUGUGACUCUGAGCUGCAGAAACAAGGAGACGUCCUACUUAACAGCUGAUUUCUAUAAAGACGGCCUCCUCCUCCUCGUCAGAGAGAACUCAAUGACCAUCCGCAGAGUCUCCAAGUCUGAUGAAGGACUCUACAAGUGCAGCAUCUCUGGAGCUGGAGAGUCAGCAGAGAGCUGGCUGGCUGUCAGAGCCUUCGACUCUGUGACCCUGGAGAGUCCUGCUCUUCCUGUGAUGGAGGGAGAAUCUGUGACUCUGCGCUGCAGAAACAAGAAGACGUCCAACCUUGAAGCUGUCUUUUAUAAAGAUGGCCGACUCAUCAGCAGCAGCUCUACUGGAGAGACGAACAUCUACAGUGUUUCUAAAUCUGACGAAGGACUCUACAAGUGCAGCAUCCCUCAUGGUGGAGAGUCAGCAGAGAGCUGGCUGGCUGUCAGAGGACACCAGGAGGCCAGUCCUGUCCGUCCCUCUCCUCAUGUCUUCACUCUGCUGUGGAUCAUCGUUACCUUUGUUCUGCUGGCUCUGCUGCUGCUGUUCCUGCUGAUGCUUCACUUUACAAACCUCAAAGUUCACACAGGUUCUUCAGUCUCUCCUCCAUCUUUUCCAAUGGUCUCUCUUAUACAAACAGAGGAGGAUGAACCCCGGACUGCAGCUGUUUACUACACUCUGAGCAUGAGUAACUGA